AUAGGUGGUCGCUUUUUGUUUGGUUGAGCGGCAGCGCACACUAAAUCGAGUAGUCUUCGUGUUUCCUCCCCCAGGGAUUAAGGAGGGCGAUGCCCACCCGGUGCGCCACAAAGCUGCACUCACCGCCACGGUGACAACGAACCAUACCGGAGCCUAAGUCGGACUGAACCCCGCAAAACGCUGCGUUAUACCGAGCCCUCAUUGGAUACUCUGCACCCCACCGUCUCUCCCACAUUCUGACACUGCACUCGCUGCACAUUCUCUGCGAAAUAGGAGAGUCCAACGAGGAUUUUCCCUCUCCAACCACUUUUGUGGAAUUCCGAAGACCAAAUGCUUGUGUGAUUUGAGGAGGAUAAGCGACAUUUCUUGUGAUCAACUUUUUCGAAUCCUAUUAGUUCUUUUGAAAGAUCUAUUGCUCCACAUCUUGUUCUCCGCUUCCCCCUCUCCCCCAAGGUCACUGCUCAUCUACGCCACUGCUGUGCGUUAGCGGAGCAGAGAUGACAACCGAGCUCUCUCAGCAGCAGCUGGACCCGCCGCCUCCCCUGAGAUCCAGCCCGACCUCCGGAGUCCUGCACCCCGCCAUGAUGAGCCCACAGACCGAGGUGGACAGCUCCUUAGCCGGGGCCAAAAGCAAGAAGGCGAGCUCCGGCCUGAGGCGACCAGAGAAGCCUCCCUACUCCUACAUUGCGCUCAUCGUCAUGGCGAUACAGAGCUCACCGACCAAGAGGCUGACGCUCAGUGAGGUCUAUCAGUUCCUCCAGGCCCGGUUCCCCUUCUUCAGAGGAUCCUACCAGGGCUGGAAGAACUCCGUCCGGCACAACCUCUCCCUGAACGAGUGCUUCAUCAAGCUGCCCAAAGGGCUAGGCAGGCCGGGGAAAGGCCACUAUUGGACCAUCGACCCGGCCAGCGAGUUCAUGUUCGAAGAGGGCUCGUUCCGCCGCAGACCCAGGGGCUUCCGGAGAAAAUGCCAAGCUCUGAAGCCUAUUUACCGGAUGAUGAACGGGAUAGGCUUCGGUACGUCCAUUUUACCGCAGAACUUUGAUUUCCAGGCGCCCACUGGGUCUCUGGCGUGUCAUAGCAACAGUUACAACUUGGACAUGAUGACCAACUCCAUGGCCGGUGGCUACGACGGACUGAGCGGUGGCCACCACGUACCUCACAUGUCCCCGAGCCCCGGGUCCACAUAUAUGGCCAGCUGUCCGGUAACGUCCAACGGGGACUACGGUGGACCGGACAGUAGCAGCAGCCCUGUGCCCUCGUCUCCGGCUAUGGCCAGCGCGUUGGACGGUCAUUCUCCAUACGCCAGUAGCGCCGGACACUGGGCGUCUCCCGGCAGCUCUCCGUACAUUAAGCAGCAGCCUCUGGUCUCCAGCAGCUCGGCGUCCUCUGGGCUAAAUUCCGGCAUGUCCCCCUAUUCCCUGGAGCAGAGCUACCUCCACCAGAACGCCAGGGACACCGCCGAUAUCUCAGUGGGGAUCCCUCGCUACCAGAGCCACUCCUCACCCGUGUGUGACAGGAAGGAUUUUCUCCUGAACUUUAACGGCAUCUCCUCGUUUCGUCCUUCAGCCAGCGGAUCUUACUAUCAUCAUCACCAACAUCACCAAAGCCUUUGUCAAGACGUCAAACCGUGCGUGAUGUGAGCGCUUCAUGGAGUGUGCGUAAUGGCUCCAAACCGUGCGUGAUGUGAGCGCGUCAUGGAGUGUGCGUAAUGGCUCCAAACCGUGCGUGAUGUGAGCGCGUCAUGGAGUGUGCGUAAUGGCUCCAAACCGUGCAUGAUGUGAGCGCGUCGUAAUGGCUCCAAACCGUGCUCCGGAGAUGAGAGAGAAUCUGAUCAACACCAAAUCAAACAAUUUAAACUGAUUCCAUGAGAGUUAAAAGGCAAAUAAAUUGGCUAAUAUUUCUGAUGAGAAUGAACAAGAGGGACAAAGGGCUAGCCUAUUUCUGAGAAGCCGGAAAACUUCUCACAUCAGGGUAUAUUUACAGUGGCCUUCCUUGUCUUGAUAAGCCAUAAGUAUUAUGCAACUGUUUCCGAAAUGAAGGAAGGCACCAAAUCUUCUGACAAUAUAACCAAGGUUUUUUUCAAAAUAAGUUUCAAAACGACUAAAUGUGUUUGCUGUCAUUAACUGUGCAAACAAAUACCUUAUAUUUUAUGUAACUAGGCCUCUGUUCCGAUAUAGGCCAAUAAAGGUAAAUGCAGCCUACACAUACACAAAGCUUCUUUAUAACAAAUUGAAACACAUUUGCACUUGUUGUUUACCCUUUGAGAUUUGCUUCAUUGUGUCAUGAAGUGUUUCAAUAAAACGGAUGUAUUUUCACCUG